AUGACGGAGCUGUAUGAUGCUCACUGUCAUCCGACUGAUACAAUCAGUAGUAUCGAUGGUAUCGCUUCUCUCGAAGCCGUAGGGCUAUGUAUCAUGGCUACGCGCGAGUCAGACCAAGAGCUUGUCGGUCAAACUGCUAUCAAAUUCUCUGACAAAGUCAUUCCUGCAUUCGGCAUACAUCCGUGGUUCGUACAUAACAUCUACGACGAUCGCAACAGUGUCGAACGGCCAGAUAAAGCCGAGCACUUCCGAGGGGUAAUCAAGCCUGAGCCGGACGCUGAUUUCAUUGCUAGUCUCCCGGACUUGGUACCACUGUCAAGUGUUCUCGCUUCCAUUAGUCAAAAUCUGGAAGAGCAGCCUUUGGCAAUGGUAGGGGAGGUGGGCGUCGACAAGAGUUUUCGCAUACCCGACCGCAAUCAGCCACGCCAGGAUUCAAAUCGUUCUCACCUGUCGAAAUACAAGACUGGGCUGGAACAUCAAUCGCUCAUUCUCAAAGCGCAGCUAACGCUGGCUGGAAAGUAUCAAAGGGCUUGUAGCAUUCAUGGCGUACAGGCCCAUGGUCUUUUGUUUGACCAAAUCUCAAGCCUUUGGGCCGGGCAUGAGUUACCGAGUAAAUCAAGCAUUAAAAAGGGUGUCGCGAGAAAGAAACAGGCAGGUGAUGGAGACCAAGUCUUCCAGUUCCCACGAAAUCCCUUCACUUCAGAAGCGGACAUGUGCUGGUUUCCGCCAAGAAUUUGUCUACACUCAUUCUCUGGCAAUCGAGAGACGGUAUUUUCAUGGAUAAACCCUCGCAUACCUGCAAACAUCUUCUUUUCCUUUUCUCAAGUGGUCAAUGGGAGGUAUGAUCGAUGGGCUGAAGUGGUGGACAGCAUCCCGGACGAUCGACUGCUUAUUGAAAGCGAUUAUCACGACUGCCGCUCGAUCGACAAGUCCCUUGAAGAAGCACUCCAGUUUGUCGCUCAAGCAAAAGGAUGGACGACUGAUGAGGCACGCGUCAUAUUGAAAAAGAACUGGCAUAGCUUUGUUUACGGGACACAGAAACGGGAGACUCAUAGCUAG